AUAUUAAAUUUCACGAGUUGUUUUUCUUCGAAUGUGGUUCGAUGCCAUUUAUGCGAGCCACUGUUAUUAAUAUAGCGCUUGAAAAUGAGAACCAUUCAACAACAAAGUUAUUAAACAAAUAUUCAUGGAAGCGUCAGAAAAAAAACGAAAGCGUACGGUAAUCUCUGAACGAGGAUUCUCUGGAGCAAUUGGAGGAUCUUUAACACGAGCGAUGUGCCAGCCGUUUGAUGUCCUCAAAAUAAGAUUCCAAGUUCAAAUAGAACCCAUUAGUAAAGCUAAUAGCAGUGCUGUAUAUAGAGGUAUUUUUCAAGGACUGCAACAUAUUGUUAAGAGUGAAGGAUGGACAGCUCUCUGGAAAGGACAUGUUGCUGCACAAGCUCUUUCAGCAACUUUUGGUUUUGUACAGUUUGGUUUGUUUGAGGGUAUCACCACAUAUGCCUUUGAAAAAUCUCCUGCACUAAAUUCAGUGCAAUCUGGAGUCAAUUUCUCAGCUGGUUUUGGAUCAGGAUGUUUGGCAACCAUAAUAUCCUUUCCUUUUGACACUAUUAGAACAAGACUUAUAGUACAAGGAGAACCCAAGAUUUACAAGGGUGUGAUUGAUGUAGUAUCAAAAAUGUGGGCCAAUGAGGGGGCUCUAUCUCUGUACCAUGGGCUGUCACCCACUCUGAUCCAAAUGGGGCCAUACAUUGGUUGCCAAUUUGCAAUGUAUAAAUUUUUGGUUGAAAUAUAUGAUCAAGCUAUGGAAGAAAAAAGUGCUGGGCUGAAAAGUCUAACCUGUGGGGCUGUAGCAGGAGCAUUUGCAAAGACUCUUGUUUAUCCACUAGAUCUGGGAAAGAAACGUAUGCAGUUGCAAGGUUUCUGUGAUAGGCAUCAAUAUAAAGGGCUAUUCGAUUGUCUUGCAACAACAGUUCGAAAUGAAGGAUUGGCUGCUUUGCUCAAAGGUCUUAGUCCUAGCCUGCUAAAGGCUGUUUUCUCAUCUGCCCUUCAAUUCUAUUUCUAUGAAAUUACUUUGGAGUUUCUCACUAGGUCAAGGUUCGAGUAUAUACAAAAAUGAAUUAAUUUGUAAAUUAAAAAAGAAUUCAUUGUAUGUUUUAGGUGAAAUAUUAGGCCAAUUAAAUUUUCAACCAAC